ACAAUCAGUUACUCCCACCACUGAAAUAUUUCAGUAACGCCCACGCUCUUGCUCCCACUGCUUCCAGCAUUGAAGUAGUGCUAUAAGUAUACUAUGCUCUAUGAACGCCAUGAACCUGAUUCAUGAUUGUCAGGUUGUCAGCAACAAAAUCCCCCUAAACCAAAAGAUCCCUAUGGUUUUUAUUUAUUUUUUUCACCACGCAACGUGCUCUCAGUGCAGGCGCGAAUUGCAUCAGAUUAAUUCAAUUUGAACAUUAAACCACUGAGUAACUAUUGGUUACUCAAUUAUUAGACACUCAAUGUUUGAACUUUUCCACAUCCUAAAUCAGUUGUACCAUCAACGAAUCUUAUGAUGAUUUAUUUUUCUCAUUUCGAAACAUUUAAUCUCACUUGAUUAUCCUUAUUGAAUCUUUAUUUGAACGCAGCUCUAAAAGGCUUGCGGCGUCCACUCCAGCUCGUUGAUCAAGUCCCUGUAAAUGAUGAUACAUUUUUAAAAUACACAUUUUUUUCCAUACGAUUGUCUAUUUUGAUAAUAACCCUUCACCCCAAACUUUUAAAAAUUGAAUAAUAAUACAGACACACGAAGCAGCGUAGUGAAGGCUUAUCCUUGGAGCUAUUUGACUGUUCAAACGCCUCUUUUGUUACCGUGCAACAAAUCGCAUCCAAGCAGCUGCAACAUGUUCAGAAAACUAUACAGGUUAGCGAAUAUCAUGGGAAUAUUAUGCACUGUAGUAGUCUUAUCAUAUCCAUAAAAUGCAUAACCCACAAAGCGUUAUCCCGCGUCAUCCACGUAAUAUACCUUACAUGAUACUUAUUAUACUUUUACUCGCAGGUGUCGGACGACAUUGGUGCUAAUUGUUUGCUCAUAGAAACAUCGCAGCUCUUCGUAUAACACUAGCUGAACAAGUAACAUACUGGAAGAGUCGUGGCUUGCGCACCUCCAUUUUUUGAUAAAUCGACUAAAAAACGUACAACAAGUGUAUAGAAAAUAGCAUGACUCGUUCAAUAAGAUAUUUCAAUAGUCUAGUAGUUCUCGCAGGAAUUUUCUUUAUUUUUUAUUCCGUGAUUUUCCCGCGUAUCGGUAGAGAAAAUGUUGAAUUGAGCUUCGUCGACCAAACUCCUAGACCAACUGCAGUUGUUCCAAUUAACUGGAGGAAUCUAACUCCGAGCCAGAUCAACGGGCUUUCAACCCUGGGGAAAUGGCUAUUAGAACCAAGGUGGGCUGAUGUAUCAGAGACUCUCGAUUACCCAGCUGGCGGAUACCUAAUAUUGAUAUGGAAAUAUGGGUCACUUUUAGAAAGAAGACAUUUGAAGCGAUUCGGCAGUAAAGCAUAUUCACCCUGGGAUAAUUGUUCGGUGAAAAAUUGUCGGUUGAGCUACGAUUCAGCAGAUGUGGAAGUGGCCGAUGCAAUUUUGUUUCAUUUGCAUCAAACGCAGAGUGUCGAAGAAUUGCCGAAAAACUUGAGCUCUGAAAUCCGAAUGAGGCAGAGAUGGAUAUUCAUGACGGACGAAUCCCCGCUGCAUACCUUUUUACAUGGGCAUCAACAUUUAUCAGAUUACAAUGGUUUAUUUAAUUGGUCGAUGACCUACAGAAUGGACAGUGAUGUUCCCGUGCCCUAUGGAAGAACCUUGGCUGCUGGUAGCGUCGUGAAUAUUGACGAAAACCUCAUCAAAAGCAAGAACAAAUUAGUUGCAAUAAUGGGCAGUAAUUGCGGUAGAAAUAACGGUAGAUGGGAGUACGUAAGAAAUCUCCGAAAAGCCCUUGAAGGAAGAUUGGAUAUUUAUGGAGUUUGCCUUCAUGGCGAUACCGAGCUUUGCCCAAGACAUUACGCAAAGGACUGUGAAGUUCUCAAACAAUAUAAAUGCUAUCUGGCUUUCGAGAACUCCAACUGUAAAGAGUAUCUUACAGAGAAACCGUUCUGGCACGGCUACCAGAAAUAUUCAGUACCGAUAAUAAUGGGCGCCUCUAGAUACGAUUGUAAGCAAUUGCUGCCACCGCAAUCCUUCAUUCAUGUCGAUGAUUUUGCAAAUCCCAACACUCUGGCUGACUAUCUACUUUACUUGGAUGAAAAUCACGCCGAAUACAUGAAAUUUCACAAUUGGCGAAAGAAUUUUACAGUCCUGAAUGAACAUGGGUAUUUUCAAAGUGCUUCCCGCCAUUACUGUCGGCUAUGCGAAGCUCUCAACUAUAAUGAUCCUUCUCGUAAAGUCUACGACAACAUCGAUGAAUUUUGGAGUGCGAGCAAAGAUUGCAAUAAUCCGCAUUUUUGAAUUUGAAUAU